GUCGCAUUAGCGAACAACGACGACUACCAAAGGGACGAGACCACGACGUCAAAGAGCGACACAGUCGCAGAUUAGGCUCCUAUCGGCGCACAACCGAAGAGGUUGUAUCAACCAGGUUGUCGAGAAAGAACAAGCGUGUGUGUUCUCCUCACAUCUGGGAAGAAACUUUUUCACCAUCAUGACCAGCCGCAUCUCCAUCAUCUCUCUUUCAGGAGAAAAAGAAAAAGAGGCUUGCGACCCGGAACGCGGAGAAGAGAUCGCGAACUUCGAAAAGGCCAUGGAGAUGUGCGAAAAUGGACGAUACCAAUACACCAUUUUGUUGGUGUGCGGUGUAAUAUUCAUAUGCGUCGGUUGUCAAUACGGUGCGAACGCGUACAUUUUAGCGUCGGCCGAAUGCGAUCUAAACAUGAGAUCUGAGGAGAAAGGAUUCUUGAACGUCGCUUUUCUCAUAGGAUCGGUGGUUAGCGCCCUUUUUUGGGGAGUCUUCGCAGGUGCGUACGGAAGGAGGAAUCUCAUACUGAUAACUCUCUUCACUGACAGUAUCGUGACGUUGAUCACAAGCUUUAUGCAAAGCUUCAAGUUGUUCCUAGUUUUCAGAGUCGUAAGCGGUUUCUUGAUGGGCGGACCCGGUGCUAUAGCGUACACGUAUCUGGGCGAGUUUCACGCGGAAAGUCACAGAGCGAAGAGCAUUUGUUUCCUAGGCUUCUUUUUUACUCUCGCCUGGUUGAUAUUACCCGGUGUGGCGUGGAUUAUCAUACCGCUGCCGAUAUCCUUCGAAUUCUACGGUAUUCAUUACAAUUCCUGGAGACUGUUUCUCGGCAUUUUCAGCGUGCCGCUUUUCAUCAUGGGCGUGAUACUUCUCCAGUAUCCCGAAAGCCCGAAAUUUCUGUUGUCCCAGGGCAAGACCGACAAGACACUCGCGAUUCUCCAAAGUAUCUACGCGGUGAACACCGGACGCGAUAAAAGCGAGUUUCCGAUAAAAGAACUCGUCUCCGAAGCCAUGUUCGGGAAGGAUCAAGCGUCGUCUUCCGCGUUAACGGAGUUGUUGAAAAAUAUUUGGUGGCAAAUGCGCACCAUUGCAUCGCCACCUCAUCUGAAGUACGCCGUUCUCUUGUGGAUGAUUUAUUUCACGAACAUGUUCGGGUUCUACGGUUUUAAUCUUUGGCAACCGGAUCUGUUCAAUCGUUUCGAGAAUUAUCACCAAUCGCACCCGAACGCGUCGAUGACGGUUUGCGAGGUGAUAUAUCACACGCAUUUGUUGAAUCACACCGUUAUACCGGAAGAACCGUUUCUUCUCUUGGCGAAUCGUGCCACCGUAAAGUGCAAACCGCACAUAGACGAGCAGGUGUUCAUUAACUCCAUGACCAUUAAUGCCGUUUGCCUGCUCGGCAAUAUCCUUUCCGGCUACUUGGCGAACCGGGUUGGUCCUCGAACAAUGCCGAUAACCACGAUGUUCAUUGCCGGCAUCUCGACCAUCGGCAUCUACUUCGUGAGAUCCUCGCUGCAGCUUCUCAUAACGACGUGCUUCUUCUCUUUGACGAUAGCGACGGGGAAUUUCGUGAUCGCCAGCGUGGCAGUCGAUGUUUUUCCCACAUACAUAUCAGCCGUGGCUGUAAGCAUGAUGGUCUGCUUGGGAAGACUCGGCGCGGUGGUGAGCAAUUUGGCAUUCGGCAUGCUACUGGAUCUCAGCUGCGAGAUUCCAAUAUUCUUGCUGGCCGGUGUCUCCAUAUUUGGCGGAUUACUGUGCUUCCUGAUUCCGAGCAAGGAAAAGAAAUGAAAAUCGUCUUGUGGAUCGAUAUUAAAAUUUAGGAAGGAACGAAGUCUCGAAUGAGAGUAAAGAGUUUCGUAUUGUUUGUUAUACAUUCUGUUAUUUUUUUAUAUGCGUGUGUGUGUCCGAUUUGUGUGGAGUCUAGAAGUAAUGACUGUAUUGACUGCUACAAAAAAAAAAAAAAAAAAGAAAAAAUUAACGUGCCUUUCGUAGGUAUAAUGUUCAAUGACAUUUCACAGACUUUUAGAAAAAAGAAGAAAACUGUAUUCUAGGUUUAUGUUUU